UUUUGAGCUUUAUCUUCCUGUCCAGAAGUCAUCGUCUCUCCAAUUCUCUCUAGCUUGUUUACUUUUCCAACACUUCCACAUCACUUCCUUGCUAUAAUUAGUACAAUUACCUCCUUGCUUUCUUCUGUACAAGAAGCCUAAAAUGGAGGCCGAAUUUGAUAUUCCGUCCCACUUUCUCUGCCCCAUCUCUCUUGAAGUCAUGAGAGAUCCCGUCACGGUCUCUACUGGGAUUACAUACGAUCGGGAAAGCAUCGAGAGAUGGUUAUCGUCCGGCAAGAACAAGGCUUGCCCUGUCACCAAACAACAAUUGUUCGACGCAGAUCUCACUCCCAACCACAAUCUUCGUCGCAUAAUCCAAGCUUGGUGCACCCUCAACGCAUCUCAUGGGGUCGAGCGGAUACCAACGCCAACAUCGCAGCUUGACAAGACCCAGAUCGUUAAGCUGAUCGACCAAGCGAGGAAGCUCCCCCACACGCAGCUCCAAUGCCUCAAAAGGCUCAGAUCCCUGGCCGUAAACCACGGUGAAAGAAACAAGAACUCUUUGGAGGCAGCAGGAGCAGUAGAAUACGUUGCUUCUUUGAUAAGCAACGCCGACCAAUCCAUAAUGAAAGUGGCUGUCGAAGUCUUGUGCCAUCUCAGAAGCUCGGAAUCUCGUCUCAAAGAUCUAAUGAGCAAAGAUGGGGAGAAGAUCAUAGAUUCAUUGGUGCAAGUAUUAAAACGAGGUGAUUACCAAUCUCGAGCUCAUGCAACUAUUUUAUUGAGGUCUGUUUUCGAAUUGGCAAAUCCGAUGCGGUUGAUGAGUGCCACAGUUGAGUUAUUCAUCGAGACUAUGAAUGUGGUACGAGAUCAGAUCUCACAGCAAGCAUUUAAAGCUGCAUUGAAGCUUCUUUUGGAGCUAUGUCCAUGGGGAAGGAACCGAAUAAAGGCCGUGGAAGGAGGCGCAGUUUCGAUCCUCAUAGAGGCUCUUCUCGAGACUCAAGAGAAGAGGGCAUGUGAGCUGAUACUAAUCUCUUUGGACCAGCUCUGUCGAUGCGCGGAAGGGCGAGCCGAGUUAUUGAGGCACGCGGCGGGGCUAGCCAUCGUGUCCAAGAAGAUAUUUAGGGUUUCGCACGUGGCGAGCGACAGGGCGGUGAGGAUAUUGUUUUCCAUUUGUAGAUUCUCUGCAACUUCUGCAGUUGUUAUGGAAAUGUUGCAAGUAGGUGUGGUGGCCAAGUUGUGUUUAGUGCUUCAAGUGGAUUGUAGGUUUAAGACCAAAGAGAAGGCUAGGGAGAUUCUCGAAUUGCACUCUAGGGUUUGGAAGAGUUCUCCAUGCGUUCCUGCUCAUUUGUUGUCCUUUUAUCCACCAACAUCGUCUUCCACAUAACGAUCAGAUCAUAGCUAUUGUUUUUGUGCAGAAUUUAUUCUUGGAGCUAAGCAUGUAGCUCAGUUUUGGAGGUAUACAGUGGGGUUUUUAUUGAAUCAGGAGUUCAAGA